AGUGCGGAAAACGACCACAGUGGGGGAAUACGAAAAUAAGCAUUCAAUCUUCAGCUCUCUGUAGAACACAGAAUGAUUAACUACCUAGAAACGUUAUACGAUAAUUAGACGGUUUUUGUGUGUUUUAGCUGACAGAGGGAGAGUCAGUCCAGCGAUGGCCGAUCCUGCGGUGAUGGGCAGCGCGUCUCUAAAUGCCGGAACGCGGACGGGUGGUACUAAGGCGACUACAAGCCCUGCGGAGAACUACUACUUGGCGCGCCGUCGCACCCUGCAGGUUGUGGUCAGUUCCUUGUUGACUGAAUGCGGCUUCGAGAGCUCAGAGAAAGCCGCAGUGGAGACUUUAACAGAAAUGAUGCAGAGCUAUAUAACCGAGGUGGGGCGUUGCGCAAAAGCAAACUGUGAACAUACAGCUAGAAGCACUCCCACGCUCUCAGAUGUCGUCAUCACACUGGUUGAAAUGGGUUUCAACGUAGACACACUCCCAGUGUAUGCCAAAAGAUCACAGAGAAUGGUCAUAACUGCACCUCCAGUGACGAACGCUCCAGUGACCCCCAAGGCUCUGGUGGCUGGCCAAAAGCGCACUCAUCCUGCCUACAUCCCCAGCCACUUCCCAGAGUUUCCAGACCCUCAUACAUACAUCAAAACCCCGACGUUCCGUGAGCCUGUGUCGGACUACCAGGUGGUGCGAGAGAAAGCUGCAUCCCAGAGGAGAGACGUAGAGAGAGCUCUGACUCGCUUCAUGGCCAAGACUGGAGAGACGCAGAGUCUCUUCAAGGAUGACCUCACCGCUUUUCCCCUGAUAGCGGCGCGGCCGAGCUCCAUCCCCUACCUGAGUGCCCUCCUACCCUCUGAGCUCGAGCUGCAGAUGCUGGAGGAGACAGACUCGUCUGAGCAGGACGAGCAGACAGACACGGAGAACAACUCCAACAUCAUUCAUGACGACGCAGGAGCGGAUAAGGAGAACACUGUACUGCCACCUGGUGGCGUUGUGCCUACAGUGAAAACCAACGACGACAACAUGAUUGACAACCCUUAUCUACGGCCAGUCAAGAAGCCCAAAGUGAGGCGGAAAAAAUGAACAGUGGGAAAAUAGACGGGUACUGAGGGGAUGACAGAUGAUGACUGGUGCUACUGGACCACCCUGCGCGUCUGGAAGCUACAGCAACCGCACAGGUGGAUUUGGAAACAAUUCCCCGGUUUAAUCGAAGUGCAAAAGUGACUGGUUGUGAAUCAGAUUGAGGUUAAGCGACUCGAUUGCAAUAUGCUUCAAAAGUAGGUUAUUAAAAUAGACUUUCGCCCUAAUACUUUUUAUACACCAUUCUCAAAAUUUCUAUCCGGCUGCUCAGUGUUGGUGGUCACUCGUUUUAGGUGAUUGUAGAUGUGGUCACCUGCUUUUAAUACUCUUCCCGUUGCUCCUUUUUAAAAAAUAUAUGAGGGAGUAAGUGUUUCUUUUUUUUCCACAUAGAUAAACUGUUAAACAUUUAACCUUCUGUUGUCUCGCCUCAUUUAAAGGAACACUGCAAGUUCAUUUUCCUUGGAGAUAAAUAACCAUACAAAAUUUUUACAUUUCGGCAAAAGAGAAACUUCUCAGUGGGCUCAAGGGACUUAUUUUUGGUUCAUGUGGACUUAAUGUGCUUUGGUAACAAUGCAAAAUAAUACAAGUUCGCUUCACAUCCAGACCCUUUUACAUACUCUACUUACAUUUUUUAAAAACUUAAAAUACAUAUAGGAACAUUAAAGCGAUCAGAAGCUACCAUCGCAUAGCUGCCCUUGUUUUCAUCCAGAUCCCAGUCUCCCAAAGAAAGGUGUACUUAAGCCUUUGACAAAUCAAGUUGCCUGAACAGCAGAUUGACAACACACCCAUAAAGCAAGAACGUAAAAUCCUUAAUCUCUCACCUCCACAGAUACUUUAGUCUCUAUCCCUUGUAUUCUUAAAGUGGAAGGAUUACCCUGAUGUUUCCAUAAUGUUGCGACAUAGGAUAGUCCAAAUUGUUUGUGCAAAUUGUAUGUUUAUGCUCCAGAAAUUCUCAUUUUCUUUUGGUUUUUACAUUGUUUUACAUUGCACAUAGACAUACUAAGUGCUAAACAAUAUCGUAUAAGUCAUAGAAUAUUUUACUUUGAAUAAACUCCGCACAAUGGCUACUUGAAUCA